AUGCAACUAGCUCAAGAUACCAUUCAUGCUUCGGUAGCUUGGGAAGUCUCCCGGAGCAUGAUAGAGAUAGACGAGGUAAUCCACUCUGUUGUAGAGAUCCUCGAGGAACCUGGGUUUUCCCUAUUUUCCUUGCCUCAGCGAUCGCAUUUCCGCUCAUACGACACGCCGCUGGAUCUAACACUCUCGUAUACCCCAUCGCGGUCGUUCACCUUUACUUUGAGAUUCGAUCCCAGUGCCUUCGACGCGCAAGAUGUGCAGUAUAUGCUCGACCACCUCAUUCUUGCGUUUGAGCAACUCCUCGUUAACCCCUCAUUGUCUGGUGCGGAGGUAAAUAUGAUGACUGCGGAUGAGCGUGCGUUCGUGGAGGAACUUCCCUCUGUCCUCAAAAUCAACAGUUUAGCUGAACCGGAGAACCCCACACGUUACUCUUACGUUUACGAUCUGCUGGCACGUCGCACCCUUACUCAUCCAGACAACGUCGCCGUUGAAUGCGAUGGAAGAGUGGUAUAUACCUAUGCUGGACUCGACGCCGCUUCCAAUCAAUGCGCGCGAUACUUGAAAGACGUUUUAUCUAUUCGUCCCGGUGACAUUGUACUUCUUUUCCUGACGCAGUCUCCAACGGCAAUUGUUCUCCUCUAUGCGAUUCUAAAGGUUGGCGCAGCAUAUCUCGCUGUCGACAUUGACAUGCCUGCCAUACCCUUCCACCAAACGGUCGAUAUGACUAACUGCUCGUUAUUCCUGACGAUUACAUCACUAGAGGAGAAGCUGCGUACGAUGAGCCGGGGACAGACUAUUGUUUCGAUAGACACCAUGACAGAGAAAUGGUGCCACUUAGACAGCACUUGGCAGCCUGACCUCUUCCCCAUUGGAAAUCCGAAAAACACUCUGGCGUACCUAAGUUUUACAAGUGGAUCGACUGGUACCCCGAAAAAAUGCAUGACGUCGCAUUCGAAUUUGGUGCACUGGAUCGUCGAAGCUGCACCCGCUUUCGGCCGUACGAUGGAGACACGUCAGCUCAUGGCGCAUGAAUUGUACUGGGACGGCUCUAUCGAAGAAAUCUUCCUCACGCAUUACGUAGGCGGAGCGGUUUGUAUAGCUAUGGUCCCUGAAAUCAUUUUCCACAUACAUGAAGCCCUCGUUGCAACGAAGGCCAACUCGAUUACCCUUUCGCCGACGCAGGGUAUGCAGUUGCACCCUGCAGAUUACCCAUUCUUGAAAUUGGUUGUUUUCACCGGUGAAGCCUUGACGCAAUUCGUACGAGAGAAAUGGCUUGGUGAUGGACGAACGCUACUCAACGCUUUCGGUCCCAGCGAGUCCAUCUGCGCUUUCACGGUAGAAGUUCCUGUGCGCUCGUCAGCAUCAAAUAACACCCCCGUGGGGUUCAGGGAGAUAUUCGUGUCCGGUCCAACUGUGGGCUUGGGCUACCUUGGAGACCCAGAGGCUACCGCGCGAUCGUUCCUGAUGGACCCAUUCAGGAGAGAGUUUAGGAUGUACCGAACUGGUGACUUCGGCCGCGUUAAUCACGAAGGAAGACUUUACCUCACCGGCCGUCGAGACAGCCAAGUCCAACUAAACGCUUACAGAAUUGAGCUGGGAGAAAUCGAGGCUGCUCUCCACACGACCGAAAGCAAGUGGGCGAUAGCAGUAGAUGUUGUCACGUACAAUGAAGAGCCACGCAUCGCUUCAUUCCUUGCGCCACGCUUCGUCAGUGGUCCACACAGUUUGAAGCUUCAGAUUGCGGACGAUGUCAAAGCUGAGAUCCUCCGCUUGAUGUCUUUCAUUCAGCCGAGAUUACUGAAGGUCUGUUACCCUGAACUCUGGAUCCCGCUGGAUGCGCUGCCAUGUACUCUCAGUGGAAAGUUGAACCGUAAAUGUUUGCGGGAAUUUUUUCAUGGGUUGUCACCAUCUACGCAGAACGAGCUCGCCAUGCUUUCCACUGCACCAAAACAUGAUGCGUGUUCCGCAGCUCAAGUAGCUAGUAGACUUGGGACGGGGAUAUCGGAGGGUCUUAUGCAAACCCGCUAUGCUACUUACCGUGGUUCCUUCUGA